AGUGGGUUUCCCUAAGCUAAUCCUAACUCCUGGGACUAGGACAACUGCCUCCAGGCCUCAGGGGCUGGGCGGCCGACAGAUCGAGUCCAGCGGCGCAGGAGCGAUUGCUGCGCGGCGGGGGCGCGUCUGUCCUGCGCCGUGCGCGCCGCCCGCAGUGCCCGUGUGCGCCGCCGUGCGCCUGGCCGGGGGCGUCUCGGGGUGCACCGGCGGCCGGGCUCCGGCGGCGGCAGCAGCGCAGCCUCAGGCUGGCUACCUCCGACGCCCCCGACGCUAUGGAGGAGUGGGAUGUGCCCCAGAUGAAGAAGGAGGUGGAGAGCCUCAAGUACCAACUGGCCUUCAAAAGGGAGAUGUCCUCCAAGACGAUUCCCGAGCUUCUCAAGUGGAUCGAGGAUGGGAUCCCCAAGGACCCCUUCCUGAACCCUGACCUGAUGAAGAACAACCCUUGGGUAGAGAAGGCCAAGUGUACCAUCCUAUGAGCCUGACCCACACUCUGUAAGGCGUGACUUUAUAAAUAGACUUCUCCA